AUGAGUACAGCCAUCUCGCGAGUUCUCAAGGGCCCACAGCAUCCAUCGCAGGCAAAGGUCAAGUCGCAGACACUGAGGCUGCGCAAGCAACUCAACCAGGACGGCCAGCUUGGUUCGAUCGGCAGCGCCUCGUCAGUGUUGCUCCGCACUCAGAGGGCUGGCUGUUUCCCGGCUGACAUGCGCAGAGUGACGCAUCCUCUCUUUGAUGCCUUAACUGCCUUGGUCAUUGUCUUGAAUGCCGCGAGCAUUGGUGCUGAGACGCAGUAUGCGGCGUGGGACUUGACUUUGCCCACCGGCCCCUCCACUGCUUUAAGCGCCUACAUGGCCGACAUGAGUGGGACAGUCAAUCCACAGGAGCUGACGCUGCGGAUCGGGGCCCACCGGGCCCGGCUCCAAGCUGGAAGUAUCGGUGUCGAGCAUGGGCUGCGUGGGCUGCUGGAUCGGGUUCACGAAACCGCCCACGGGCAGGCCAGCUGGUUUCUGGAUCCGGACAUGCGGUUGUGGAACUUCUUCGACCUUGUCCUGGUCGCCAUGUCGCUCAUUGACUUCGUUGUUGUGAGAUUCAUGGGUGCUGGCGCUGGUGGAUUCGACACGGUGAAGAUGUUGAAAACCCUCCGCAUCAUCAGAGUCUUCAGGGUCUUUCGCUUCUUCCGGCAGUUGACACAGCUGGCGCUGAUGAUCACGGACUCCAUAAAGUCCCUGAUUUGGGCCUUGGUCCUCUUGGCCAUCAUCAUCUACGUUUUCGCCAUAUUCUUGACUGCAAAUGUGUCAUCCUGGCUGCUCCCAUUUCUGGGCAAUCCUGGCGCCGAUUGGCAAGAGAUUGCCGCGGAACACCAAGAUGCCUACAUCCGAGUGCUGGAGAGUGCCUAUGGAUCUCUGCCAAACACCAUCUACACGCUGGUCCUGGCUGUGCUUGGAGGCAGAAGCUGGCAUGAGGUUUGCACGCCUCUCAUGAAGGUUGGGUGGUUCCCGGUCUCGCUACUGCUCGUCUACGUAGCAUUUGUUGUGCUGGCCGUCCUCAAUGUAGUAACGGGUGUUUUCGUGGACAACGCCUUCAGAUGUGCGGAGAAGCAGCGAAGCUUAGCCAUACAGAAAGAGAUGGACCGGCAGGAGCAGUUUGUGCAGCAGAUACGUGACUUCUUCGCAGCCAUGGAUCAGGACGACUCAGGAGAUGUCACCCCGGAGGAAUUGGCGGAGAUGCUCAAAGACCCGACGCUAUCAGCAUACUUUCGAGUACUUGGGUUUGAGAUUGAUGAUGCAGCACGGUUUAUCACCUUGCUGGACAAGGACAAGGACGGUGCGAUCAGUGUGGAGGAGUUUCUUCGUGGUUGUCUGAAAUACCGCGGUUCCGCUACAGCCGUUGACAUGCAUCAGUGUUUGCGCUUGGUGCGACAAACUCAGCGCUCCCUGGUGGAGCUGAGAUCUUCCUUUUACGGAAAGCCGUUAUCGCAGCCACAGUCGCCGGACGCAAGCGUCCGAUACCUGCUAGGCACUUCCGCUGCUGUGUUUGCUGGUGUGUGCUGGCUGUGGACAUGCUCAGCUACUUGGCAGAGGGGAAGAGAGAGAAGGAUCGCAAGACCGACGCGCGUUUUCCGAGCGUAG